AAAUUCCAAAAUUUGGCACCAAAAUCAACAUGGGCGCAUGUAAAGCACCCAUUCCCAAUCUUCUCCUCACCUCUUCUUCUUCUUCUUCUUCUUCCUCAACCCAAAAAACCCUAAUUCCCAUUUCGAGAACCCCAUUACUUACGAGGCGGUUGGUCCUACUGUCUCUCCCUCUAGCUAACUUUCUGCUUCCAAGUAACAGCAGUGCUGUUGAUGCAAUCGAGUCCACUUCUGCUGUCACAACCUUCAACCCAAUCAGUGAUGCGGAGAGAGACGCAAGUGCUGCCAUUUCCCGCAGAAUAUCUGAAGCCUUGGACUUGUUGGAGAGAGGAAGGGACUUUCAGGCCCGCGGUGACUUUGACCAAGCUCUUCUCAGCUUUACUCAGGUGAUUGAGAAGUACAAGGAAUUUGCAUUUUCAGACUAUGCAAGAGUAGGCAGAGCACUGACUUUGUAUGAAGUUGGCAACAGAGAUGAUGCAAUUGCAGAGAUGGAGGAUGUUUCCAUGUCUUUGAAGGGAUAUCCAGAAGUGCAUGCAGCUCUGGCCGCAGCGUUGUAUGUAGACAAACAUGCUCCACUGCUCGCAGAAAACCAGUUCACAAUUGCAACUCUUCUUGAUCCUCACUAUACAGACCUCUCAUAUGUAAAAGACACAAAACACUGGCCUCCGAGUUUGGUUAGUUCAUUGCAACACUUUAUCACACUUUCCUAGACGCUUGUAUAGCCGAGUUGAAGUUGAUGUAUUCUCUUACAAAACCAAACACCGAAGGCGUGUUUGGUAUCUAUUGGUCACUUGCAAAUAUUUAUAGUAAGAUAAUCCUUUCGUUGUAAUACCAAAAAUGAAUAUAUAGAUGAUAUACGGGAAUACAUUCAUGUUGCUUAUACAAAUACUGUGCUACUAUCUUAUCGUGCCAGUCAUUAAUUCUUUGGAAAUGGUAUUGGUGGAUGCAGGAUGCUGAUAUCUUUGCUAUCUUAA